AUGGUGCAGCUGGCCAUUGUUAAAGUGCCUAUCACCUCUGUACGUGAGGCACUCCUUCUCUCAAAAGAGAGUAAAAGACAAGAAGCCGGAGUGGCAGUAGACGAAAAGUCUAAUCCUCUCACAAAAACAACAACAACGUUAGUUCCUAUGCCAUAUCCCGUGGGCAGUAGCACUCUGCAGGUGACAGGCGUACACGUUACUUUACACAAUAAACAUAAUAAACAUAAUAAACAUAAUAAUAAUAAUAAUAAUAAUAAUAAUAAUAAUAAUAAUAAUAAUAAUAAUAAUAAUAAUAAUAAUACUAACAGGAGUGGCGAUGACAAUUCAUCAUUACAAAGUGACGAAAUCAUUGUCUUCAUUCGAGCACAUGUUAAAGGCGAACUGGACACAAAAACACGCGUUUUCACUGUGGCUGCGAUUACUUUAGGCGGUCUGCGAGAAGUGGGAGAUCCUUCAGCAAAGCGUCGUGCAGUUAAUGACAUCCGUCAGAAGAUCCCUGCAACGGGAAACAAGGGAGGGAAAACGGAAGUGUCCGAUAAGUUUUUGGGGCCGUGUUCAAGCUUCGCUAAGCUUGAUCUCCGAUUACAGAUGGAGAAGAUUAGUUUUUCUGUGGAUGUGUUUUCACCCACGUCUAGGCGUAAACCAGUGAACUACAGUGAUGGGAAGGAUCUUUCAGAUAACUCCCUAACGGUGACAGUCCUCGGUGUGGUCUCGCCUUUGGUGAUUUCGUAA